GCUAGUGGUGGUGACAGCGGCCAUUGUUGUUGUUGGGGUUUAUAGGGUAACCACAUCAACCAUUCCUGCUCCUGACUACACGUGUAGAGAACCUAGGAUAACCCAAAAAAGUCAGACAGAGUGACUUAUAAUUCCUACACUCUUAAUGCUACACUUAAUUACUACACUCUUAAUGCUAAACCUUCUCACUGACUACUUCUGCUUUAGUAUUGUACAUAUCGUAGAAGUGGCAUGCUGGUACUGUCCUUAACCCUCCAUCUAGUUCUAUGAUGAGAAUUCCCUCCACCGUGAGUGGAGUGGACUGAGCGUUGUUUUGAUGCAUACUGCCAUCUCAUGGUGGCAUUCGGAAACUCAUUUAUAGUAUAGGGUACAACAAGGUUGCUACCAGGGUACAACAAGGUUGUUUUCAAGGUACAAGGUCUGCCACUGCUGCUUCAUGUCUGCCACUGCUGCUUCAUGUCUGCCACUGCUGCUUCAUGUUGUCUGCCACUGCUACCUUAUGAUGUCUGCUCCCACUUUUGUUAGUGUGUUGAGGAGCUUUCCAGUAUGUGAAGGUAGAGGGGCAGUGCCAAUCGGACAGGUAUUGGAUAGUGACGUCAUUUAUUUACUCUUGAACAUCGCCAAGGAAUCGAACAUUUCUGCUACUUUUGAGCUCAAUUUCAAGCAGGCAGUGUAGUGGUGGUAGCAGCGGGGAUGGCAGUCUCACGACACUCCCAGGACAGGGAGCCAAGGCCGGGUCACCAUCUGGAAAAGACCCGGACCGGGAGAGUACCGGCGAAUCAAGGAGGAGGAGGAGGAGCUCCAGCAGGUCAACCCCAGCCUCGCGCUGCCAUCCUUAUCCCACCCACCAGGGAAGCGCUGGCGGGCUUGGGGGAGGAACGUAACAGCCAGGUUUGUGGCAUCCGCCACAGUGCAGUGCCAGACAUCAUCACCCGCAUCGUGGGAGGCUCACCCGCCGAGACCCACGAGUUCCCAUGGCAGGUGUCACUACAGUGGCGCUACGACUGGUACACCUACCAUGUAUGCGGUGCCACGGUCAUAGACCAGAACUGGGUGCUCACUGCUGCUCACUGCACGCACCAGUACACUCCUAAGGACCUGCUUGUAGUGGCAGGUGAACACCAGCUCAAGCACAAGGAAGGCACCGAACAGACAAGAUACAUCGAGCGUAUUGUUGAACACAAUGCAUACAGCAGCACCACCCAGGAGAAUGACAUCGCCCUCCUCAAGCUGACUGCUCCUCUCCAGAUGGACGGCGUUACUGUGUCUCCCAUCUGCAUGCCACCUCCCAUGACCAACUUCUCAGGUCACUGCGUGGUGAGUGGGUGGGGGAAGGAGAAGGAAGGUGGGACGUCGUCCGACAGGCUGCAGAAGGUGGUGGUACCUAUCAUCACCGACGACAGAUGUAAAGACAGCUAUCUGUCUAUCGGCUACAACGGCCCCAUCGCUGAGACCAUGAUGUGUGCGGGAUACAGACAGGGAAACAUGGACGCCUGUCAGGGAGACUCCGGGGGACCCUUCGUGUGCCAAGGCUUCAACAAUCGCUACUACAUAGCUGGUAUUGUCUCCUGGGGCAUCGGCUGUGCCAGACCAAAUGUGCCCGGAGUUUACACUGAGGUGAGUCGCUACGUGGCCUGGAUCGCCAACGUUGUCAGCAACAGAGUAGACAUGCCACCACGGCCAGCUAGUCUCAGGAGCCCUGGGCUUCUAGAUGCCUCCUCCACCCUUCACUACUCGGUCAAUACCACGUCUGAAGAACCUGCACCCCACGUCUGAAGAACCCGUACUCCACGUCUGAAGAACCCACACCUCACAUCUGAAGAACCCACACCCGUCUGAAGAACCUGCACCUCACGUCUGAAGAACCUGCACCUCACGUCUGAAGAACCCGCACCCCACACUCAUGUCUCUCUGACUGGUACUUCCUCGCUGAAAUAAAUGCCAGUCAUCCUAAAUGCCAUCCAGCCAGACUGCUUCUUCCUUCCAUCCACCACUGUUUGACAGCAAUGCACCUACUGUACACCAGAACAGCCUGGGGUCAACUGAAAUUAACACUGACAAGUUACUUUAUGUAAAGAGAGAACUAAAGACAACUUUUGUGUUUAGUAUAUAUAAUCACAGAGAAGAUUCAAAUCCAGGGAUAGCACAAUAUUUACCAGCCAACCCCUUCCUAUGCCAGGUGUUAUGUUCUCCUAAUUUCCUAGAUAGUUGUUAAGCUGAUGGAUUUCGUGUAUGUAUUUCAAUGUACCCUUUUUGGUGUAUCUAAUACGUCAAUGCCCCUCAAGGGAGGUUCCUUGAUGCUGGUGAGGGGCUCUUGAUCUAGGGAACUGGAUCAGUGCUCCGGUUCCCUGAAUUGAGCCUGAAUACCUUUCAUCCCCCCCAUCCCCCGAUGUGCUGUAUAAUCCUACUGGUUUAGCGCUCCUCCAUGAUUAUAAUACUCAUUCGUCAGUGUAUUCCAUUAACAGCUCUAAGAUCGUAUCUUCUUACAUCCUUACUACGUAACGUACAAAUAUGACACGAAUUUGCAGAUAGGGCAAGGAAAUUAAUAAAUUGAAAAGGCCUGUUGUCUGUGUUUAUUAAGCAUUCAUGAAAGGUUCUUGUAGGUGGAAAACCCAUUUUAUGCGUUAUAGCAUGUAGAUAGAGUUUAGACAAGCAAGUAGAAACAAAAUUAUUCUCUGAAAGCAAGUGAAUUAGUAGUAAGCUAAGUGUUGACAAUCUGAAGGAUUGGGGACGUUAUUAUUUAGAGGUUCGUUUGAAUUGUAAUGUCCUCCUUGACCUGGUAACACAAGCUCUUGAAAGAGUGAUGGUUAAGGUUGAUUGGCUGAGUAUGUUUAAAUCCUGUAUAUAUUACAUGAGGGUCAUUUAAGGUUGCUGUAACAUGACUGAAUAAGUAAGGUGAAUGUAUUUUUUGGGGGGUUACCCUGACCUGCUGGGAAAUAGCCUAUGCUUAGGUUAUUUCCUACUGUAAUUGAAAUAUUAUUUAUUAAAGGACCCCAAUGGAAAAGAGUUACUCUGACUUUUUGGGUUAUCCUAGGUUUUCUACACUUAUGCUGCUAUGUAUGAUAAUCU